CUCCAUCGUCUUCGGAACUGUCGUGUUCCUUUUAGACACUUAUGCUAAGUCCGUUGAUAUCCAUUUUUCAUUUGUUUCGCUACUUCGUAUCCAUCCAUCUGCUUGCCUUUUGAUUCCCUAUCGUACUCGUACUACUUGAACACAGAGCUCUAUCUCAGCCGGAAACGACUUCCACCAUGCUGAACCUGCAUUCUUCCUAGUCCUUUAUCACCCACCAUGGAUUCUCAUCAAUUUCUAUCCCGGUGAAGCUCAAUAGAGAGUUCAUUGGCCGCUCACGGCAUCUUGUUCGCGCAUCGUAUUCUUUAACUCUUACCUCACAUUCCAUAGAAUCAAGUCUUAUCUCAAGAUGGAGCAAAGACCAAUUCCAUCCGACACAGCUGUGGCCGGAGGCUCUCCUGCAACGGCAUCUGCUUCGUCACAAGGUCAGCCCAUACCAUCGACUUCGGCACUUCCUUCACUUUUCUAUGAUGCGGUAACCGCCGAGGAUACGACAGAUGUGUCAACUCCCCAUCAAUCACUGGCUAAAUCUGGUUCAUACCUUCCCGCCGCUUCUGCAGAUGGAAUCCGCAAUCAAGACAUGCCGUCGUCCAGCGACACGCCAACGAGCCCAAUGGCUGCGCCCAACGCUGAGGCUGCCGUUGAUAGCCCACAAGCUAGACAUGGGCCGCACCGCAGUAUGUCCACCAUCUCUUCCAGUACAGCUUCGACCGAGCGCUCGCCAGCAGAAAAGACGGCGGAAUCGAGGUAUGAACCUCUUAAGGCAGCACCCACAGCCCAAGACGGACGACCAGACUUCCCUACGAGGAAAAGUAUUCAAACCGAGGAAGACCUGUUCAGAGUCUUGUCCAAGCGGCGAACAAGUGCUUCAGGCAAGUCUGACGCCGACCUGCAAGAGGAAAGUGACGAAAUUGAACGCUUGAUGUCCCGCAUGUUCGGUCAAGCUCGUCAGCAGAAUAGCGAAGAGGAAAAGACGCGUCACAGUGGCGUCGUCUUCCGCAAUCUGACUGUGAAGGGCGUCGGCUUGGGUGCAAGUCUGCAACCUACAGUUGGCGACAUCUUCCUUGGGCUACCUCGCACGAUCAAGACCCUAUUCAGAAGGGGUGCCAAAGCUGCAUCCGGUAAGCCGCCUGUUCGCGACCUCUUGAGCAAUUUUGACGGAUGUGUUCGGCCUGGUGAGAUGCUCCUGGUGCUGGGACGCCCUGGCUCUGGCUGUUCAACGUUUCUCAAGGCUUUCUGCAAUCAGCGAGAAGGCUAUAAGUCGGUGGAAGGAGACGUCACUUACGGCGGCACGGACGCGCACCGGAUGAAGAAAGACUUUCGCGGCGAAGUGAUUUACAACCCUGAAGAUGACUUGCAUUAUGCGACUUUAACGGUCCGACGGACUUUGCUGUUUGCAUUGACGUGCAGGACUCCUGGAAAGGAAUCCAGAUUGGAAGGAGAAUCCCGUGCAGAUUAUAUGAAAGAGUUCCUACGUGUGGUCACCAAACUCUUCUGGAUCGAGCAUACACUGGGCACCAAAGUCGGAGACGAAUUUGUUCGAGGAGUGUCUGGCGGUGAAAAGAAGCGAGUUAGCAUUGCAGAAGCUAUGAUAACAAGAGCGUCAGUCCAAGGCUGGGAUAAUUCGAGUCGAGGUCUGGAUGCGAGUACUGCCCUGGAGUACGUCCAAUCUAUUCGGACUCUGACCAACAUGGCCCAAACAUCGACUGCCGUCUCUCUCUAUCAAGCUGGAGAGUCUCUGUACGAGCUGGUCGACAAAGUCCUCCUCAUCGACCAUGGAAAAUGCUUAUACUAUGGACCUGGAGACAAUGCUAAACAAUACUUUCUCGAUCUUGGAUUUGAAUGUCCGGAGCGAUGGACCACAGCUGAUUUCCUGACGUCUGUGACCGACGAACAUGCUCGAUCAAUCAAAAAGGGCUGGGAAGAUCGUAUACCGCGUAAUGCAGACGAGUUUGCCGCUUUGUAUCGCAAGAGUGAUGCUUACCAACGCAAUCUUGAAGAUAUUAGAGAUUUUGAAGCGCAGCUCGAAGAGCAGCGCAGGGCCCGGCUUGAGAACAGGUCGAAGAAGAACAAGAAAAAGAACUACACCAUUCCUUUCCACAAGCAGGUCAUCGCCUGCACUCAGCGUCAGUUCUUGGUUAUCGUGGGCGACAAAGCCUCGUUGUAUGGGAAAUGGGGAGGAAUCGUCUUUCAGGGGCUCAUCGUCGGCAGUCUGUUCUUUCAGAUGCCCAAAACAGCUAGCGGAGCAUUUCCACGUGGCGGCGCCAUAUUCUUCGUCCUCCUUUUCAACGCUCUACUCGCCCUUGCAGAGAUGACCGCCGCCUUCUCUUCAAAGCCAAUCCUGCUCAAGCACAAGUCUUUCUCGUUCUACCGACCUGCAGCUUACGCAAUUGCCCAGACAGUCGUCGAUGUUCCCCUGGUCGCUGUUCAAGUUUUCUUGUUCAAUGUUAUCAUAUACUGGAUGGGUGGACUAGCCGCGUCCGCGUCCCAGUUCUUCAUUUCUUGUUUGAUCAUUUGGACAGUGACUAUGACCACUUACGCUUUCUUCCGGUCGAUCUCGGCUUUGUGCAAAACACUUGACGAUGCCACGAGAUUUACUGGCCUGUCCAUCCAAAUCUUGGUGGUCUACACCGGCUACUUAAUACCACCCGGCCAGAUGAAGCCGUGGUUUUCUUGGCUGAGACGGAUCAACUGGAUUCAAUACGGCUUCGAGUGUCUAAUCGCGAACGAAUUCACCGGUCUCACGAUGGCAUGCGAACCCCCAUACUUGGUCCCACAAGGACCAAAUGCCAGUCCUCAAUACCAGUCAUGCGCACUGGCCGGUAGCCAACCUGGCCGCACGAGCGUUGACGGUGCUCGGUAUAUUCAAGAAUCAUUCGGAUAUACUCGAAGCCAUCUUUGGCGGAACUUUGGCUUCCUUUGGGCGUUCUUCAUAUUUUUCCUCGCUCUGACAGCCUUCGGUAUGGAAAUAAUGAAACCCAACGCUGGAGGCGGAGCGAUCACCGUCUUCAAACGUGGUCAGGUACCCAAGAAGGUCGAAGAGUCAAUUGAGACUGGAGGACGAGAAAAGAAUGUAAAUGGUGAUGAGGAGGCUGCCGCCAACGGACUGCCAAGUGCGGGUGAGAAGGUGGUCAGUCCGAGCAACGAUGGUAGCGACACAACGAGCACGAAGCAAGAAGACACGACGCUGAAACAAGUGGCCAAGAACGAAACAGUCUAUACAUUUCGCGAUGUCAACUACGUGAUUCCUUACGAGAAAGGCGAGCGGAAACUCCUUCAGAAUGUCCAAGGCUAUGUUCGUCCCGGCAGACUCACUGCAUUGAUGGGUGCCAGUGGGGCAGGCAAGACGACACUUCUCAAUGCCCUCGCCCAACGCAUCAACUUUGGAACUGUGACUGGCGACUUUCUAGUCGACGGCCGUCCACUGCCCAAAUCAUUCCAGCGGGCCACCGGUUUUGCUGAGCAGAUGGACGUGCAUGAGCCAACGUCUACCGUAAGGGAAGCAUUACGUUUCUCAGCCUUGCUCAGACAGCCACGAGAAGUGCCUGUGGAGGAGAAGUAUGCCUACUGUGAGACCAUCAUCGAUUUAUUGGAAAUGCGCGAUAUUGCUGGUGCAACAAUCGGCAGAAUCGGCGAAGGUCUGAAUCAAGAACAACGAAAACGACUCACGAUCGGCGUCGAGUUGGCAAGUAAACCUGAAUUGCUUAUGUUCCUCGACGAGCCCACCUCCGGCCUUGACUCGGGCGCCGCCUUCAACAUCGUCAGAUUCUUACGGAAACUAGCCGACGCCGGACAGGCCAUCCUCUGUACGAUCCAUCAACCGUCGGCUGUCCUUUUCGAGCAUUUUGACGAACUGCUGCUGCUCAAAUCUGGUGGUCGAGUGGUAUACCAUGGACCGCUAGGCAACGAUUCGCAAGAGCUUAUCCGUUACUUCGAAGAGAACGGGGGCCGAAAAUGUCCUCCCGAUGCCAAUCCCGCGGAAUAUAUGCUUGAGGUCAUUGGCGCCGGCGAUCCAAACUACAAAGGAAAAGACUGGGGCGAUGUCUGGGAACAAAGCAAGAACCGCCAAGCUCGGUCCGAUGAGAUUGCUGAGAUGAUCAACCGUAGGAAGGAUGCUGACCACAGUGGGAACAUCAGGGAUGAUAGGGAAUACGCAAUGCCGCUGGCAACUCAGGUGGCAGCUGUGGUCAGAAGAUCCUUUGUGUCGUAUUGGCGCACCCCGAACUACAUUAUCGGGAAAUUCAUGCUUCACAUCCUCACCGGUCUCUUCACGACUUUCACGUUCUACCACCUCGGCUAUGCUACCAUCGACUUCCAAUCACGCCUGUUUGCCGUCUUCAUGACGCUGACCAUCUCUCCGCCCCUGAUCCAACAACUCCAGCCAGUCCUCCUAAAUUCUCGGAAUAUCUUCCAGUCGCGCGAGAACAAUGCCAAGAUCUACAGCUGGAUUGCAUGGACUACAGGCGCUGUGCUCGCCGAAAUACCUUACUCUCUUGUGGCCGGCAGCAUAUACUAUUGCUGCUGGUGGUUCGGCUUCCAGGGGUAUCGCUCCUCCACAUCGAGCUUCGCAUCGGGCUUCUUGUACCUGUGCAUAUGUCUGUUUGAACUGUACUAUGUGAGCUUCGGACAGGCGAUCGCGGCAUUCGCGCCGAAUGAGUUGCUGGCCAGUCUGCUUGUACCAAUCUUCUUCUUGUUCGUGGUGAGCUUCUGCGGCGUGGUCGUGCCACCUUCACAGCUUCCGACCUUUUGGCGAAGUUGGAUGUGGCACCUUACUCCUUUUACAUACCUUCUUGAGGCUAUGCUUGGUGUCAUCAUCCACGACCAACCAGUUCGAUGCAAUCAGGGCGAGUUUGCACGAUUCCCAGCGCCACCAGGCCAAACAUGCCAAUCUUACGUCGAACCAUAUAUCCGCCAGGCCGGAGGGUACGUGCAAGUCGCAUCCGACGGACUGUGUGAGUUUUGCCAGUAUGCCAACGGCGACCAAUUCGCCCGGGGUUUCAGUGUCUUCUACUCGCACAAGUGGCGCGACUUUGGGAUCUUUUGUGCAUUCAUUGGGUUCAAUUACGCUGUCGUGUACUUUGCGACGUUCUUGAGGUUCAAAGCGAAGAAUCCGCUGGGCAAGAUCUCGAUGAAGACGAAACAGGAGGGCAAAUAGAUAUUAACGAUACCGAGUUCCCGGACAGGAUAAAGAUAGCCUGUGUGCCACUACUUAAUAGUUACCGGUGAUGAAUGCUCUAUUCAUGAUGCACAGGUUCGACUUCUCGCGUAGCUACAAGAAACCUGCCUCGUGUAAAGC